AUGGCCACCACCACUCAAACACAAGUCCUCUUCUACAACCAAAAGUCCUCCCGGGCAUCAUCAUCAUUAACAACAAGUCCCUCUCUACCCCCCUAUGAAGCCGGCAGCUAUGAACUCAGAGCCCUCUCGACGACAUCUUCUCGCUCCAGCUCUUCGCCUCCCACCUACGACACUACCUACCACCAUCUCGACGCCUACGGCUCACCUUCUCAACCAUCCUUCCACUGCACAAAAGCCUUCCAGAUCGAAUCCCAAGGCCACCCCCUCAUCGCCCUCCCCAUACCCCCUCGACCCGUCUCCAUCCCGAUAUACAACGUAGACCUCGCCUCCGGCCAAGUCACACACCUCGCAUACGAAUCCAUCCGCCUCCUCCGCUGUUCCGGCAACAGCAUCCUUGUUCGCGCAGGCGAUUCCGAGGAGAAUCCCGUCUGCACAACUACGUACCGCUGGGGCCCCGGCCGUCCGCCCAGAAUGCAACUCACAGGCGCCCUUUCCCACGACGAGGAAUUUGAAGUCGUGAACAAAGGGCUCACUACCAGGGCGCAAGUCUUUCGCACGCAUCUUGGAACGUUUUCGUGGCGCUAUGCGGGGAAGAGCGAGAGGAAGGCCGCGGGGGCGAAUAGCUUGCUGGUGCUGGAUAGGAUUGUCAUGGUUGCGCUGGAGGGAGGGGGUCAGGAGGAGAGGAGGAUCCCUGUGGCGCGGUUUGUGCGGAAUGAAGAGGUGAGGACGAAGGGGACGAAGGCGACGACGGCGGGCAACGGGGGCAGGUUGAUGGUGGAUCUGAGGGAGUGGGAGGGGACGAAGGGGGAGGGGGAGCAGAUGGAGGUUUUGGUGGUGGCGAGUUGUCUUGUUAUGUUGAAGAAGGAGGUUGAUCGGAGGAGGAUGCAGCAGGCCAUUGCUACGGCGUCGCUUGUUGCUUGA